CGCCGGCUUGUCCGCUCCCAGCCACGGCCAUGGCCACCAUGCACGGGAAGACUUGGGUGCUGUGCCUGCUGCUGCUGCUACUGCGGGGCCUGCGGCUCGGAUCGCAGGCGGCCCUGCCCCCACCCUGUGAGAGCCAGAUUUACUGCCACGGGCAGCUCUUGCACCAAGUUCAGAUGGCCAAACUCUUCCAGGACGAUAAGCAGUUUGUGGACAUGCCACUGUCCGUGGCUCCAGAACAAGUGCUGAGCAACUUCCAGGACCUGAACAGGGCACACAACAGCAGCAUCCCCCGGCAGCUGCUGCAGGAGUUUGUCAACAAUCACUUCCGGGACAAGUCUCAGGAGCUGGACCCCUGGACCCCUGGGGACUGGAAAGACAGCCCUCAGUUCUUAAAGAAUAUCUCUGACACCAAGCUGCGGGCCUGGGCCGGGGAGCUGCACCAGCUCUGGAAGAAGCUGGGAAAGAAGAUGAAGCCGGAGGUCUCCAGUCACCCGGACUGGUUCUCUCUGAUCUACUCCAAACACCCCUUUGUGGUGCCCGGCGGCCGAUUCGUGGAGUUCUACUACUGGGACUCCUACUGGGUGAUGGAGGGCCUGCUCCUCUCCGAGAUGCCGGAGACGGUGAAGGGCAUGCUGCGGAACUUCCUGGACCUGGUGAACACCUACGGCCACAUCCCCAAUGGCGGGCGAGUGUACUACCUGCAGCGGAGCCAGCCCCCGCUCCUGACCCUCAUGAUGGACCGCUACCUGACCCACACCAACGACAUCGCCUUCCUGCAGGAGAACAUUGAAACCCUGGCCUUGGAGUUGAACUUCUGGGCGGAGAAGAGGAGCAUCAACGUGAGUGUCGGGGGGAAGAGCCACACCCUGAAUCGCUACUACGUUCCUUAUGGGGGUCCCAGGCCCGAGUCCUACAGCAAAGAUGCUGAGCUAGCGGACACCGUGCCGGAAGGUGCCCGGGAGGCUCUGUGGGCCGAACUGAAGGCAGGGGCUGAGUCGGGCUGGGAUUUCUCGUCCCGCUGGUUCUCCAGCAGCCGGCUCAGCAGCAUCCGGACCAGCAAGCUGGUUCCUGUGGACCUCAACAGCUUCCUGUGCCAGGCAGAGGGGCUGCUGGGCAACUUCUACUCCAGGCUGGGCAAUGAGGCCCAAGCCGCCAAGUACAGAAGCCAGCGAGCCCAGCGCCUGGCCGCCCUGGAGGCCGUGCUGUGGGACUCGGAGAGGGGCGCCUGGUUUGACCACGACCUGGAGAGUGGAAAGAAGAACAGGGAGUUUUACCCCUCCAACCUCACGCCCCUCUGGGCCGGCUGCUUCUCUGACCCGGCUGUGGUGGACAAGGCUCUGAAAUACCUGGAGGACACCCAGAUCCUGACCUUCAAGCACGGGAUCCCGACCUCUCUGAACAACUCAGGCCAGCAGUGGGACUUUCCCAAUGCCUGGGCCCCACUGCAGGACCUGGUCAUCCGAGGUCUGGCCAAGUCAUCCUCACCCCGGGCCCAGGAAGUGGCUUUCCAACUGGCCCAGAACUGGAUUCGCACCAACUUCGACGUCUACUCCAAAACGUCGGCCAUGUACGAGAAGUACGACGUCAGCAGUGGUGGACAACCAGGAGGCGGGGGCGAGUAUGAAGUCCAGGAGGGGUUUGGCUGGACAAACGGAGUGGUUCUGAUGCUCCUGGACCGCUAUGGCGACCGGCUGACCUCGGGGGCCUGGCCAGCGCUCUGGGAACCCCACUGCCUGGCGGUUGCCCUCCUGCCCCACCUCCUGCUAUGGUGGUGGUGACCACAGCACCCUGUCCGUGCUCACUUCUCAUCUGGCACCAGCACUCAAACCCAUUAAACCUCUGCCUGAGCCUC